UAAAACACACUGCAUGCCUGAGUGUUACCCACAACGUUCUCAAAGACGUGCGUGGUCUAGCAAUCCGCAAUUUGCAAGUCGCAGAAAACUGGUGUCCUGUGAGACGGUAGUUAUAGGGAUAAUGAUGAAGAGUAUGACGAUUAUCUCGAGCCUAGUUGUAAGUUUAUUAGAUAUUCGUCUCAAAUAUUUAUUGUUAGAAGUUUUUCAACUCUUGUUCUUUUAAAAAGUUAUAGUAUUUUUUACGAACUGUCACAAUCCAAAAUGAAUGCCAUCUUUUUUUACUGCUUCAUGUAGAAACGGAAACCAGUAAUUAAUUCAGUCUUGCUAUUUGUGUGUGUCAUUAUAUCAAUACGGGGCGAUAGAGAACUAGACCAAAAAGCUGAAAAUGUAAUAUAAUCUGUGAAAUUUCGACCACUUAGCGAUCACUAGUAGAUAUAGGUAAACGAAAACAUUUUGAGCAUUGUGUUAAGUCAACUGCUAAACAAGUGGGUACGUAAUUAUUCCGACACUAUUAUCACAGAUAACAAAUAAUGCAAAUGUGUUGAUUAAUAUUCAUUAAAGUUGUUACAUUGUGCACGCGUGACACAUGUCGAUAAUAGCUUCAUCGAAAAUGAUUAUAACACGACCUCUCGUACGCAAAUGAGAUUACUGAUCUUGAAAUUCACUAACAAAGAUCGCGGGCAUCGGCCACGUGAACUCAUUUGGUUUAAUAUACAAAGAUUUUAUCGUCGACACACAUUCCAGUGCCAAAUCACUGACGACUGCACACGGAGUUUUCUCAAUUAUGUUAGCUAUCGGUGGUCUAACACUCAAUGUGAUAACAAAAAGAUGCUCUUUGAGAUUAGGGGGCCUUAUAGGAGCUGUAAUAAUGUCAACUGGUUCCUUUGUAACAGUGUUCAUAUCAAGCACGAACCAAUUGCCCUUCACGUUUGGAGUGCUACAAGGGGUUGGUUUUGGAAUGAUUGUGCCCGUUUGUUAUUCGACUUUUAAUCAUUACUUUGUAAGAAAGAGAACUCAAGUGAUGAGCCUGAUCAAAGCGACCCAAGGAACUAUAUUGAUUUUUUAUCCACAACUUUUGAAAGUAUUACUGUCGCGAUAUGGAUUCAGAUCAACACUGCUCCUGAUAAGCGGAAUAUCACUACACACUUUUCCCGGUGUAGUUGCUAUGAAUAUGUCCACAAAGACUAAUAAAAAUAGAACAGCAAACGUUCUGACGAUAGAAAAUGGAACAAAUAAUCAGGAAACCGCUGAUUUAAUAGAUAAACAUAAAGAUAAAAAGGAAUCUCAAAUUGACGUUGCAACAAAAAAUAUAAAACUAUCUAUUUUCAAGCGCGACGUAUUAGAAAUGUUAAACGUAAAGAUUUUAAAGGAUCCAGUAUUCUGUAAUAUUUGUAUCGGACAGAGCUUUGUUAAUUUCUCCGAUCUGAUUUUCUUCGUUUUGCAACCAAUGCUUUUCUAUCAGUAUGGACUAAGCACGAAUCAAGUCGCAGCGUGUAUUUCGAUCAGUGCUGGGGCUGACGUUGCUGGUCGUUUCGGACUUGCAUUUAUAAGUAGUAUUGCUUCGAUUAAUACAAGAUUGCUAUUCUACGUGGCUACCAUUUUAACUCUAGCAGCAAGAAUAGUGAUUCUCCAAGUCCGUCAGUUUAUAUGGCUGGCUGUGGUGACAAGUUUUCUUGGAGUGCUUCGAGCUUGGCUCCACGUGGCCAGCCCCCUAGUCAUCUCUCAUCAUGUGACCCAUGAGGACUUCACUGGCGCUUACGCAGUGUUCAUGCUCUCUACUGGUCUCGUUAAUAUCAUCUUUUCUCCCAUUAUAGGUCUAAUAAAAGAUGUAUACCAAGACUAUAUCCCAGCUUUCUAUGCAUUGACUGCGUGCUGUUUACCAUGCUUGUUCCUAUGGCCAGCGGAGUAUUAUCUUAAAUAUAAAUUAAAUAAGUAGAUUUAUU